GCUGGCUGCAAGGUCCCAGACUCACAGGACAACAACAGCAACACCAUCGUCGACGACUUCAACAAUAGCUUUGUUCUAACUGAUGGAUAUACCAUCUUUUAUACCAGAGACAAUAAUUUGUUACUUCAACGACAGACGACUAACUGAUAACCUUUACAAUCCGGAUCUUGUCAUCGUCUGCCAAGCCCAGUUCUCAACUAUAGUUGAGGGCUAACAACAGCGUCGAUUUCACGGAAUUACGCUACAGAGGCAUCCUAAAGCAAAGCUGUCGCGCGUCCACACAUCGACAAAGUCAAAAGUGCAUUGAUACGACGUGAGAAUUGGUUGUGCGCUUCCGGGUUUAGACAUUGACCGCAUACGCCUGGCUGGCCCCUUGCGGAAAGAUCUCUGCAGAAGAGCUGGAAGUUGAAGUCUUACAGGUGGAGCUGUGUAAGGCAAAGUCAGAGUGUCUAAGGAAGGGAGUCCGUUUGGAAGUUGGAGAAUCAUCCUCAGGGCGUGCAACACACCGCGGCGGUUGAGUGGGUUACUGUUUAGUAUCGAGGGGUUCCGGGCUGGCGACCACGGAAAAGGUUCAAGAAAAGAGGAUAUUGACGUCCAAAGUUGCCGGUAUUGUUGAGGGAGAAAGCUCGAAGUGAACCAACAUCUUCACAUUCAGUCGACAGCCCAUCCAACUCCCUCUAUCAGUCGUCGGUCCCCAGACUCAAUUCUCAUUCAACUCCAAGGCCGUCAUUCUAAAAUAAAAAAAAAUAAAAAAUCAUCAGCGAGCCCAACCGUUCGCCAACCAUGGCAUCAACAGUAACGAGCGAUUCACUCGUCUACGACCGCUCCCGCGGCAUUGGCGGCGACGGCGGCGUCGGCGUCGAGCGAGUACACAAGUACCACUGGCCAGCCAUCCAACUCAACGUGUGGAUGCUGAUCAUGCUCAUCGCGGCUUGCACCAUUAUCGGCGUAUUCGCGACGUUUAUUGAUGUGCAAAACAUCCUCUUGUUACCUGUACCUUGGUACUUCCCCUACUUCAUCACCGUCUCGUCUCUCACCAUCCUCUUUAUCGCCUUUCUCCUCGCCCUCAUCUUCCAGCGCCGCUUGCUUCCGUCCAUCGUCAUGAUCGGCGGCUUCAUCCUGUUCGUCCUCUGGCUGGUGGGACUGAUCGUCAUCAGCGUGCAGCUCUGGGGUCCCAACGGCAGCGUCAAUUCGAAUUGCAAUCUGUUUGUCUUUGGCGCCGACCCGCAACCGACGGGCCAGAAUCUUGUCACGCUCGCCUGGCUGGAGCAGAGGAGUAUUUGCCAGAGUUGGUAUGCGGUGUUUUCGUUUGCACUGGUCGGGACGGUGUUUUUGGUGUGGAUUAUGGUUAUUGCUUAUCAGGUUUUUGCUGAUGAUAGACGGUAAGGGGGAGGGAGGGAGGUAAGCCAGGUGGGUGGAUGAAAAGGGGGUCUGGGAUGUUUUUUGUUAUGAAGCGAGCGAGCUAUGGUG